CAAUUAAAAUAAUAGAGCCUUUAAAUGUAACAGGGAGUUACUGUGCAUGUUACCAAAUUCACAUAUUCGUCAUGACAUUUCUUUUAUGUGUCAAAAGUCCAUUCAACAACUGACCCUGUUCAUCAAGUCCCUCUGGUCUGCUCUAAUAAAAUGUUAAGACCUUAUUACUUAUUUGUAUAGAUGGUGUACAGCCCAUACUUCUGACGUGGCAGAACCGGUGCAGUAACCUGAAGCUUUCAGUGCUGUUUAAGGGGCUUCACCAGAACUCCAGACCUUUGAGGAUCUAUCUUGGCCUCCUAACACCGCUUGGACAUCCCUCUACCAUGCCAGAAGUGUUCCUCCAGGUGUUUCACAUGUGUGGUUCCCUGGUGGUGGAAUGAGCUGCUGAACCACAUCCGGUCAUCAGACUUCCUCUCCACCUUCCAGAAACGCCAGUUCCAGGAAUUCCUCUGCAAACUCAUACCACUCCAUGCUCCCUUAAUGUUGUAAAUGUUGCACCUUCUGGUCAUGGAUUGGUUGCCUCAUCAGGUUCAUAGAGGCGUAACUAGAAAUUUUUCUAAUUCGGAGGCCCUGUAAAGCCCCCCCCCCACCGACUCUGCCAGGGUGUCCAUGCCCCUUCGAAGUAAAUUAUUGUAAAUAAGAUCAAUACAAGUAUUGUGUGAGAUCGACACUUCUCUGGAUGAUAAUUCAACUACAGUUUAUUGCUUUGAUAUUAUUGGGCCCAAUCUUAGUAACUUCAUCAUAUCUGGCCCAGGAACUAAAUGAUUUCUGUUUUUCAGCGCCUGCGGAAGUGCAAACUUCUCUUUCAAUACUGAAAGGGAAGGAAAGAGGAAAACGGGUAUUUCAUAGCAGGAAUCUGUUAUACAGCUACGACCAAUAUGACAGAGGUGGAGCGCCGCGGAGACGGUUUCGGAUGCCGGUGCGUACCGCGUCUGCUGCUUUCUGUUAAGGCAAGCGGAAAGUAAAGGCAGCCGCCAGGGUGAGGAUGGGAAAGUGUGCAGGGGGAGCCCGGGGAGUAAAAGCAGCGCGUCACGGUCAGGUUUCCUUGAUGGGCACGGCUUCUUACAUGCGAACUUCCUACACAGCGGUGAAGAUGCAAAAACCUUCACAGAGCGCAGGCAGAGGAGCUAAUUCCACUCAGGAAUCAGAAGCUUGGCGUUCACUGUCUGAACCUCUGAUUCGUGCCCACUCAGAGGAUCCGGAAUGGCCCCGUGGACAACGCCCCCAGUGGACGUCUCCACAAAUGGCACAUGUAAUAUCGAUGACCGCUUCCUGUACCUGGUUGUGCCUGUGGGGUACUCUGUCAUCUUUAUCCUGGGAUUGCUGAGCAAUUUGGUGGCCUUGUGCAUAUUCUUCCUGAAAAGCUCAACCUUGUCCAUCACGGUGUAUAUGAAGAAUCUGGCCAUAGCCGACCUACUUCUGGUCCUGUGCUUGCCUAUUCGAAUCUACUACCACAACAAGGAGGGCCCCUUCUUUCUCUGCAGGAUGGUGGGAAUCUCUUUCUACGUCUCCAUGUAUGCCAGCAUUGUCUUCCUAAGCCUCAUUAGCCUGGACCGCUACCUGAAGAUCAUAAAGCCUGUCCAAGUCUUCAGAAUCCAUCGAGUAGAGUGGAGCCGCAAGACUGCCUGCAUCAUCUGGGCGGUUUUUGCUUGCAGCACCUUCCUCCUCCUUCUGUGUGAGAAAGGGACCGAGCCUUGCGACAAAAUCUGCUUCCACUUCCAUAGGAAGCGGGCAGCAGGUGGGGCCAUCAACCUGGUGGUGGUGGGGCUGUUCUUUAUCCUCUUCCUGGUCUUUGUGUGCUUCUAUGGGACAAUCGGUGCGAAGUUGAGCACCAUGACCCUUGGCGGUAACGACCUGCAGGCCAAGAGCCGGAAGAAGAAGAUAGUAGUGAGGACCUUCUUGGUGCCGGCCAUCUUCACGCUCUGCUUCUUCCCGUACCACGUGGUCCGGGUUCCCUAUAUCCUCUCCCAGAUGGAUGUCAUCAGGGAUGUCAAUAUCCAGCAACAGCUGCAUAUGGUCAACGAGCUGGUGCUCAUUCUUUCUGCUGUGAAUAGCUGCCUGGACCCCGUCAUCUACUUUUUCCUGUGCAGCGCCUUCAGGAAAACUGUCCGCUGUGUCCUCCAGGGGAGGUUCAAGUUUUCCGUGAAUGAGAGAGCGGUCAGUUUUAACCGGUCAGCCAACGAGUUUUAAAGAUGGCUGGCGUCCGACUGGCUCAGCAUUAAGUCACUUUAUACUGUCAUUUUGUUUUUAAAUGUAUUUAUUUGAUAUGUAAACGUACCCAGUCAUCACCAGUUGCUUGAUGCAGAGAUGUAGCCCAAUAUUUAAAUAUGAUUUUGAUAAAGUUUUAAAUGUUAGGUUUUUUUAUUUUUUAUUUGAGCAAUAAAUAGUUAUUGUAUAUGUAUUAUAUAAUAUAUAAUAUAUAUGUAUAAGUGUCCUAGUUUCUAUUGCAUUGCAAGUUUUAAGUUUGCAUUACAAAUCUCAUGCCACUGUCAAGAUUAGUUGAAAAGGCACCUGCUUCAUCUGAUCAGGCUUAUUCAGAAGCUCAGUUUUUUUUUUGGUAUCUGUUAAACACUUUGGAGGAUGUUUUUCAUUAUCUUAAAUCUACCAUUUGCUUCUACACGGCCCCUUGUUUGCUGAUUGUAUCUUCUAAUGGUUCUGGUAGCGCCACGUCUGCACUUUCCAACUUGGUUUUCAUGUUGUUAUUUGCUAUAAGUUCAGCAGAAUCACGGACAGAACACACUCACAACAGCAGUGCAAAAAGCAAUAUUGAUAAUGGCCAUCUCUUGUCCAGUACCAGCGUCUCUUGGUAGCCUGCAAAUGACCUUUGAUCUGCAUCUUAGAAAGAUGUUCUCUGGUUUUGAAUAAAAUAAAGAGUAAUAUCGAAACCAAAAAAGUGUUGUCAUUACAACCAGGGGCGCUGUGGGCGGGGGUGGGGGCUGGGGGUGAUUCCAAGGGCCCUUGAGUGAGUUUGUUAGUUGCCUACAAAUUUUGGAAAAUAACUGGAUUGGUCUGGUCUGGAGGGGGGGGGGGGGAAUAUGAUAUGCUUUCAUGGGGCCCAAGAUCUCUUGCAACAUCCCUCACGUUUACCUGCACCUACUAAAAGCCCUGUCCUGCUUUGCCCAAGAUACAUAAUAUAAUGAUAUCUUAUGAAUACUACCAUGCUAAA